AGGCUGCACGCUCGCCUGAUUGCUAGCCUUGCCUUGUUACGCGAGUGAUCAUCGCGCCUGCCUGCCGUCUCCUGCUAGAACCGCACGCCCGCCCCGGCUGCCCUCCCGCACGGAAACUCACGCAGCCGCAGCCGCAGCCUGCCACGCCACGCCGGCCUUCCCGUCUCCCCACGCGGCCGUGCGGCGAGAGGCGAAGGGCUCCCCGCCGGCUGCCGCGCGCGCGUCGGAUCGGCCGGAGUUGGAGCGGGCAUGGGUCGCGCGCCGUGCUGCGACAAGACGAGCGUGAAGCGGGGGCCGUGGUCGCCGGAGGAGGACGAGCUGCUGCGGAGCUACGUCCAGAACCACGGCACCGGCGGCAACUGGAUCGCGCUCCCGCACAAAGCAGGGCUGAACCGGUGCGGCAAGAGCUGCCGGCUGCGGUGGCUCAACUACCUGCGCCCGGACAUCAAGCACGGCGGCUACACGGAGCAGGAGGACCGGAUCAUCUGCUCCCUCUACAACUCCAUCGGCAGCAGGUGGUCCAUCAUCGCCUCCAAGCUGCCGGGCCGGACGGACAACGACGUCAAGAACUACUGGAACACCAAGCUCAAGAAGAAGGCCGUCGCCAUGCACAGCCAGCAGCAGCAGCAGGAGUACUACAACCACCACCAGCAGCAGCAAGGCUCGGGCGGCCGCGCCCGCCGCGGCGCCGGGACCCCCCGGAGCCAAUGCGCCUCCAUGCAGCCGUCGCCCGCGUCCACCACCGCCAGCGCCGGCGACGCGGCGUGCAGCUUCGGGGCCAUGUACUCCUCCCCGUCGACGCUGCCGCAGGCGACCGCGGUGCUCACGCGCUACGACGGCGCGGCGACGGCGCCACUUCCACCGCCACCACCGCCGCAACAGCAGCAGCAACAAGCGUCUUCGCUCGCGGAGUUCUCCCACGCCCCGCCGCAACAGGCCGCCGCCACCACCACCAUCAACAGCUGGGCCGGUGGCCUGGCCAUCGACGACAUGUUCCUGCCCGAGCUCCUCGGGGUCGGCGACUUCCUGCCCGGCGACAUCUUCGGCGUCGGGCUCGCGCCGCAGCUCCAGGCGGACAGGGCGUCGUCCCUGCAGGAGCUCGCGGCGUGCUACUUCCCCAGCGCGCAGGCGGCGGAGAUGUGGGCUGCCGCGGAUCACGUCAAGCCGCCGCCGCAGGCCGGCCUGUGCCACAGCUUGACCUGACCGAGAGAGGGCGCACUAACGCUCCGCCGUCCACCCGCGGAAGCUCCGGCAAUGACUCACGGCUAGCUAGCUCCUCUUGCUAGCAAGCUCCUGGCUCUCCCUGUGUCGUCCAUGGAUCUCUCCGGCCAUGAGGUCAUUACACAUGUACAUUAUCUUAUAUUCUUAUGGUCUGUGGCUGCUAGCACCAUGUCAUAGAGGAAAUUAUGAGCAGAUGUGGAUUGAUGCCAAUUCGCCAUUGCGCUAGCUUGGCUUCUGUUCAGCCUCUACCAACCAGUCAGUCACUGUUCAAAACUA